CCGCUCCUUCCCUUCCCCUCUCCAGAUGUUGGCAUGAGGGGCACACGUGGGCACCCCUGCCUCGUCGGCUCCGGGGUGCUUCCCAGCCCUGACUCCCGCAAUCCCCCGGGGGUCACGACUGCUGUGGGCAGGCUUUGCUGCAGAUUGGGAUCAACAUGAUGGCGUUGCCUGGAGGCCGCCACCUGGAUGCCAUCCCUCUGCCGGGUCAGCGGGUGCACCUGAUGCAGGUGGACUCGGUCCAGCGCUGGAUGGAGGACCUGAAGCUCAUGACUGAAUGUGAGUGCAUGUGCGUCCUGCAGGCAAAGCCCAUCAGCCUGGAGGAAGAUACACAGAGUGAUGUCAUCCUGGCUGGCGGCCCUGGCCCAGGAGACCCCCUGCAGCUGCUUCUCAAGAGGGGCUGGGUCAUCAGCACUGAGCUGCGCAGGAUCGGGCAGAAGCUCGCCCAGGACCGCUGGGCACGCGUCCACAGCAUGAGUGUGCGUCUCACCUGCCAUGCCCGCUCCAUGGUCAGCGAGUAUAGCACUGUCAGCAGGAGCUCCUCACAGGAGAUGGGCCAGAUUGAGAAACUGCUAAUGGAGAAAUGCUCAGAGCUCUCAGCGAUCACAGAGAGGUGCCUCCAGGUUGAGAAUGAGCAUGUCCUGAAGUCGAUGAAGGCCUGUGUGAGUGAGACCUUGAGCACGCUGGGCCAGCACUUCGGCCAGCUGUUGGAGCUGGCCCUGACCCGGGAGGUGCAGGCGCUGGUGAGAAAAAUCAAUGCUUCCGACAAUAUCUACAUCACGGAAUCCACCACAGGGAACCUGUUCAGUCUGACCCAGGAGGGGGCUCCUUUGUGCCGCAUCAUAGCCAAGGAGGGUGGGGUCGUAGCUCUCUUCAAGGUCUGCCGCCAGGACAGUUUCCGGUGCUUGUACCCCCAGGCGCUGCGCACGCUGGCCUCCAUCUGCUGUGUGGAAGAGGGUGUCCACCAGCUGGAGAAGGUGGACGGUGUUCUGUGCUUGGCCGACAUCCUGACCGAUGACAGCCACUCAGAGGCCACGAGGGCUGAAGCUGCGGCUGUGGUCGCCCAGGUCACCUCCCCACACCUGCCCUUUACUCAGCACCUCGGCAGCUUUCUGGAGAGCAUGGAAGAAAUCGUGACAGCUCUCAUCAAACUGUGCCAAGAGGCCUCGUCUGGGGAAGUCUUCCUGCUGGCUUCUGCGGCCCUUGCCAACAUCACCUUCUUUGACACGAUGGCCUGCGAGUUGCUUCUGCAGCUGAAUGCCAUCCGUGUCCUCCUGGAAGCUUGCAGCGACAAGCAGAGAGUGGAUACGCCUUAUACCCGGGAUCAGAUUGUGACCAUCUUGGCAAACCUGUCUGUCCUCGAGCAGUGUGCCUCUGACAUCAUUCAGGAGAAUGGGGUCCAGCUUAUCAUGGGUAUGCUGUCUGAGAAGCCAAGGUCUGGAACCCCUGCCGAGGUGGCAGCUUGCGAGCGAGUCCAGCAGAAGGCCGCGGUGACUCUGGCCCGUCUCAGCCGAGACCCAGAAGUGGCUCGGGAGGCCGUGCGGCUGAGCUGUAUGUCCCGCCUCAUCGAGCUCUGCAGGUCGCCCUCCGAGAGGAACAGCAGUGAUGCUGUGCUCGUGGCCUGCCUGGCUGCGCUACGUAGACUGGCCGGGGUCUGCCCUGAAGGUCUGCAGGACUCUGACUUCCAGCAGCUGGUCCAGCCCCGGCUUGUGGACUCUUUCUUACUCUGCAGCAACAUGGAGGAGAGUUUUGUGUAGCGAGUGUGUGAGAGGAAAGGACUCCAUUCUCAUGCCCUCUCUGAGUACAUACCUGUGAACACACCUGAGCACGCACCAGCUCCUUCACCUCCUUAUUUAUACUUAAUUUAUUUUUUACAUGAAAUGGACAGAGGGCUAAAUAUUCUAGCAACAUCAUCAGGCAGUCUAUGGGCCUGGGAGUCGUUUUUGUUUUUAUCUCUGACCUCUGUGACUUUUCAGUUACAGAUAUUGAAAUGUAUCAUGCCUAACAUGACCUAUUGUCAUGGGCGAUUUCCCUCCAUCUUGCUUUUUCUACUCUCACUAUGUAAUCUUGCCUCAUUUUUCCCCCUUUUGGAACCAGAGUAUGUAAACUGCCAGCAGUCUUUUGGCUUUUUUUUUUUUUUUCUUAAACUUGGCUUGCUCCUUUCUAAGAGAUUUUAAAUAAAUUUCAUAGUUGGACAGAAUAUACUAGAAGGAAGGUUUUAUUCCUUAAUGGAUGAAAUCAUACAAAGUGUGUCUUGUAUUUUCGGAUUACAUUACCUCUUAGACCAAGUUCUUAAUUCAUAAGGUUUCAUGUCGCAAAAUCCUUUCCAACUAUUAAAACUGCAUAGAGAAUUGUAUUGUUUUCAUAAGUGCACGAAUGGGUCAAGUUCUGAGGGAUUUAGUGAGAAAUCAGAAAGAUUUCCAAAGACCCCAGAAACUCAGUUUCCCUAGGCUUUUCUGCUCUUGUGUAAC